AAGAUGGACUAAAAGCUUCUUGAAGUGGGAAUGCAUACAGAGCUGUUUAUUUUUUUGUGCGGAACACAAUUAAGUGAACAUUACAACGAACUCAUAAACAAGUGGACGUUUUACUCAGACAGUCCAACAAUAUGAACCCAUUGUAUUUCGGCGCGGCAAGCAGCAGCAAUGUGGUCUUCCCAGCGCACCGAGUCAACGCGCUUUUCUACGACCUUCACCAGCAGAUGGCGGAACAGUACCAGAUGACCUCAAGAAGCGGCUCUUCUCUUCAGACCUUUUCCGUAGCAGAACGUCUUGCAGAGUUGAUCCUCGAGGCGCGUUAUGGAAACCAACAAAAGCAGCGUAGGAGUCGCACGGCCUUCAGCGUGUCUCAGCUGCAAGCACUUGAGAAAGCUUUCCAGCAGACGCAGUAUCCAGACGUGAGCAUGAGAGAAAGAUUAGCGAUGUGCAUCAACCUACCUGAGGCACGCAUCCAGGUCUGGUUUAAGAACAGGCGUGCCAAGUUCCGCAAGGGUCAAAAGUACAUCCCUCCAUCGAAACACAGAGCAUCGCCUGAGGAAGACCAGAAGGAGAAGGACACAGCUGGGAUGAGGAUGAUUGGAACACAAUCUAAAGGUCCCAGCCUCCACCAUCCUGCCAUUAGGACUAUAAGCCCGGGUGCAGCCGUCACCUCUCCUUCCUCCAGAGACUCCCCGGUCCCACAGCCACAGCUGAGACUGCAUUCUCCCCCUGUGGUACCUUUUGCAAGGGAGCACCCAAUGCCCCAACACAGCCUCGGGAUGCUACUUGGUCUGCAGUAUCCUCACACCUUGUGGCCUUCUUUCAUCCAGCAGCACAGCCACCCACACGGGGUGGAUGCUGGCCUUGGGAAAAACCACCAUGCUUCCUUGGAGAUGCCAAACAACAGUAAGACUAUGAUUCGUCCCAAUGGACAACCCUCUGCCAUGACCAGCAAGAUUCAAAGACUUCACUCAGAAGAUGGCAAGAGUUUGCUGUUUUGAAGCGUUUGGUUCAAAUUCUACACAAAUGAUGAUGGGAAGAUUGGUGAUGAUGGGAAGUUAAAAUGAUUCUGACAUAAGUAAAUGCUAUAGUUAAUUUGCACUAUGUACUUCAGAUUUGUUAGAAGUAGGAAUACACAUCCAACUCCCUGUAAAUAAAAAUGCAGUAAUGUCUAGGAUGAUAUAUUGCUGCAUUUCAAGUGCACUUCUACGUAGACUUGCAUUUUUCCUGAAAGGUACGUCUAAGAUGUGAGAUGCAGGGAUCCUUAAAAAUCGAACUGCUUGGCCUUCUACCUCUCACAGGGGAGAGAGGACUAUUCAGUUUUUUACGACUGUAAAUGUAAAUAAACAGUGGGAUAAAAUAUCACCUGGAAAUGG